AGCCGGUAUCGGUGCAGUUUCAAAAUCAAAUUGUUGUGCAAUUCAACUCUUGGCUGUUAUCUUUUGGCCCAAGAGACCUAUUCCCUGCUACCAAGCUCAUCCCCGUAAGGGCCCUCAACAGUGAGCUACUUAAUCGUCUUGUUCCUUGACUGUGGGUUUUGCAGACUGGGAAGAGGCUAUUCCGAAAGUCUGGGGCUGAAAAGAGAAAGGACGAAAGACCAGGGUACCUGUGAAGAGUCACGGUUCGCGAAUUGAUUCAUGAAGGAAGUGGAAAGGGCCUUGAUAAACACUACCUCCUAGUACUGCAGCUUUCCCCCCAGGGCCACUCUUCCUGGCUGACUCACUUUCCCACUUCUUUCACAACUCAUCUCUCAUUUCUUAAGAUACCCCAUUGCACUUUUUCUUCGUUUGACAUUUCUCUCCUUCCUUGUCCUCACCAGAUACCCGUCUCACCUCACCAUCGCCAUCAUGAUGUCCCGGGCAACUACUCGCACCAUCAAGUCCGCUGUCGGACAAAUCCAGGCUCGCUCUGUGUCCAACAGCGCCGCCAGCAGUACCCCCCGCCAUCUUCUCUCCAUCAGCCAGCUUAGCCCUGCCGAGUUCUCCAAGCUUGUCCUCAAUGCUUCUGCUUACAAGCAGGCCACCAAGGCCGCCUUCGCUGCUGGCCCCGGCCAGGUACCCCGCACUUUGGACGGCAAGCUAAAGGGACGGACCGUGGCCAUGAUGUUCAGCAAGCGAAGCACCAGGACCCGUGUCUCGACCGAGGCCGCUGUGGCCCUCAUGGGCGGCCACCCCAUGUUCCUCGGCAAGGAUGACAUCCAACUGGGUGUCAACGAGUCUCUCUAUGACACUUCCAAGGUCAUCUCCUCCAUGACCUCGUGCAUGGUAGCCCGCGUCGGUCCUCACUCCGACGUCGCCGACCUCGCCAGGGACUCAUCGGUACCUGUCAUCAACGCCCUGUCCGAUGACUUCCACCCGCUCCAGGCCAUUGCCGACUUCCAGACCAUCCACGAGGCUUUUGCCACCAAGCCCGCCCACGAGGCCAGCCUCGGACUCGAGGGCAUGAAGGUCGCCUGGGUCGGCGACUCUAACAACGUACUUUUCGACAUGGCUACCGCCUGCGUCAUGCUGGGCGUCGACAUUGCCGUCGCCUCGCCCGCCGGCUACGGCAUUCCCGACCGCAUGAAGCAGAUCAUCCUCAGCGUCGCCGAGGGCGUUGCCAAGCCCGGCAAGCUGAUCGAGACUACGGUCCCCGAGGAGGCUGUCAAGGACGCUGAUAUCUUGGUUACCGAUACCUGGGUGUCCAUGGGUCAGGAGGCCGAGACCCAGAGGCGUCUCAAGGCGUUUGCCGGCUUCCAGAUAACCAACGAGCUGGCUAAGCGUGGCGGCGCGAAGCCCGGCUGGAAGUUCAUGCACUGCCUUCCUAGGCACCCUGAGGAGGUUGAUGACGAGGUUUUCUAUGGUCCUCAGUCCUUGGUCUUCCCCGAGCCGAAAAUAGGCUCUGGGCUGCCGUCUCUGCCCUUGAGGCUUUCGUCGUCAACAACGGUAGGAUACUUUGAGCAGAAGCGAUAUGACAAGGUUUCUUUUGGUUGCAUCUUGGUUCUAUCCACUCUUCGUACAUCGUAAGCAUAUCAUGGCAGCAGUAAGGCAGGCGUUGUAUUCCAUGGGUUAAGGGGGUUUGGUUGGUUAAUAUAACCAUAUUCUCAGUUACACACAAAAGUUCUUGGCUUUUUUUUUUCCCUCCUUCACAUCGGUUCGUCUUAUUGUAUUCUAUCUAGACGGGUAAUAAGACAAAAGAGAAACGACAUAAAAUGAUGACAGAUUUUUCGAGAUGCUGCAAAAGGC